AUGAGGCGAAGACAAAGACAAAUAAAAAUUAAAAUAAACACCCAAAGACACACGCAGCUGCUGCUGCUGUUGCUGCUGCUGCUGCUGCUGCUGGCGACGCAUGGCUCUGCUAUUCUCUCAACUCACCAGCAGCAGCCAAAGCAAUUCAGCUGCGUUGGACGCGUAGCAGCAGCAGCAGCAGCAGCAGAAGGAGCAGCAACAGAAGCAGAUCAGCAGCAGCAGCAGCACCGUCACCAGCAGCAGCAGCAACAGCAGUAUCAGAAGCAGCAGCAGCAGCACGACCAACAGCAGCAGCAGCAGGAGCAGCAGCAGCAGCACGAUCAACAGCAGCAGCAGCAGCAGCAGCAGCAGCAGCAGCAGCAGCAGCAGCAGCAGCAGCAGCAGCAGAUGAUGCCUCCAAGCGAGUGCCCAACGAAGGAGAGUUUUUCCAGCCCCGUGCUGCCGUAG